AUGGAUCAAACUGAAAGUAUAGAUAUUGAAGAUCUCUCACAGAAAGUACUGUUGCCAGUGCAGGAAGUAAAAUGGCACCUUGACCACUAUGGGAAUAUCAGAGAAAAGCGUAAGGCAAAGACUGCAGCAAAGAAAUCAAGUCAAAUGAAUGACUGCUUAGAUAACAAUAUUGGUAUGAGCUGUAUUGUAUGUAAAGGUAUGGCAUCUGUAUGUUGUUCAGCUGACCCUGAACAAUGUACAGAUGCUUAUUGCCUAGGAUGUCUUGAUUUGAAAUACCCCCCACCCAUGGAAUGGGUUUGUCCAAUGUGCCAAGAGGAUGCAGAUGUAUACUGUGUAUGCUCUCAAGGAGAAUAUGGCCUUAUGGUUGGAUGCGAUGGUCCUAAGUGUGUGGCACAAUGGUUCCAUCUUCAGUGUGUUGGAUUGACAGAGGAACCCAAGACAGAGCAAUGGUUUUGUCCAUUGUGCUCUCAAGUCUAA